AUGUGUUGUCAUCCCCAGUACAGUAAGAUGGAGAAAGGGAGGUGAUAAAUGGGGGAUAGGGUGGAGCAGAGCCACUAUUUCCCUAUAAUCCUUCUCCUUGAUGCAUGGGCUGGAUGUGUGGCAGAGAGAGCGAGGCAAGAGAGUAUGGGAAACACCGCCGAGCUUCCAGACGGAAACAAAGGGUUGCAGUGGAGACAGAGUGGAGUUAGAUCUCAAAUCCCUUUCCAACAUCAGGCAGGAAUAGACACACCAGUACGGUGGGAGGCAUUCUUGCAAACAUAAGUAAAGCAGCGAGCAGGGUAGCAAUCCAAGCACAUUUACAAGAAGGAGGCAGGGAGGGAGAGGGAGGAGAGAGCGCAGAUCUAUUAGAAAAGGAAGGGGGGGGGGGUGUUGCAUGCUCACAGAGUGUGACAGAGCUAGAGCGAUUCCAUGAGCGAGAAAGAGACAGAGAAAGAGAGGGAGAGCACAAAGCGGAGAUGAGAAGCAAACACUGAGAUAGAAGUAGUUGGCAGGACUGAGAUCUGCACACAAACGUGAGCAAAGGAGGGGAAGGAGGAAGAGAGUGGCGGUUGAUGGAGAACAGGAGGAGGGUUAGAGAGGGAUGCAAGAUGAUGGAGCCCAGAAAUAGGCUUCUCAGGACAGCUUUUCAUCCCCGCUCUAUGCGGCAGACAUGACUCUGGGCAUUGGCCUGUGCUGAAAUUAGCCAGGGGGACAACGCAGGACAGCAGGUCUGCAGCACACUGCCUUGGUUCAGCAUCACUGGAUGCAGCAAGGCAGCUGAUUUAUUACUGAGGGGCUGGGUGGCAGCGUGUUUGUGCAGGUUUGUGUGUACGGCUCUGAGUGUGCGGCUCUGAGUGUGUGUGUGUGUGUGUGUGUGUGUAUGCAGGUUUUUAUUGGUCCUUGUAGCGCUUGGAGCUGUGGAGCGACAAUUCCUCCAGUCGUAAAAUGACAUUUAGCAGGCGGCAGCUUUGUGUCCUGGUGGGGAUCUGCAGUCCUUAGUAGGAAGUGGGUGAGUGGGAUUCCAAGCUGUCAUUGAGUGCAAGUGUGUGUGUUUAUGGUGCUGUUUGUUGAGGUGAGCCAAGGAGGAUCAGAUAUGCAGCGUGCGUGUGUUAAGGUUAGAGCAGCAAAUGUGCAGUAAAGGCAAAGAUUCUACACAAUGCAAGGACGAGCGCAGAACAGCACUGAUGGCAGGAAGUGCAGGUAGAGUACAAGGAGUGCCCUGGGGGUAGGGUGGAGGACGAAGGCGGGCACAGAGGAGGAAGAGACAGAGGAGAAUAGAACAAGGGGACGGAGAGAGGCAAAUGGAAAAGAGAGGGUGAUCAUGGCUGUCAUACAGUGAGCUAUAGCAUAUGCUGUAGUGCAGAACAGAGUGGUGCGGCAGGGGGAGGACAAGCAUCACUACGCAGGGGAGGGGGAGAGACUGAGGGAGAGAGGAGGGGUAGGCAAUCAGCACAGCACCUCUCCUCCACCAGGAAGAGAAGCACAGCGGGACAGGCCCAUGAGAAGACACUCACUUACCCACACACAGUCAAAGGCGCACUGACGCGUGGCCACGUCAACGUGUAGAGGUCAAAAGGGAGCUGGUGCGGGACGGGAGUUGGGUGUACCCCCGCUGGCCGGCAGGUCCACAAGAGGGCAGGCCGGUCCUGGGAAGAUAUAGAAGAAGGAGUCCGCUGUCCAGUGGUCUUCACAAGUCCUGUUUCUUCUGACAGCCGUGCCACCUCUCCAUCACCAUGGGGGAAUGGACCAUUUUGGAGAGGCUGCUGGAGGCUGCUGUCCAGCAGCACUCUACCAUGAUUGGAAGGUGGCCAGAAAAAGGAGACCAAAGGGAUGUCCGUGUUGCUCUGUUUCUGCUGGAUUUGAUCCUGCUGACAGUGGUGGUGAUUUUCCGUAUCCUGAUAGUAGGCAUAGUGGGGGAGAAGGUGUACGAGGAUGAGCAAAUCAUGUUCAUCUGUAACACCAUGCAGCCCGGCUGCAACCAGGCUUGUUAUGAUAAGGCCUUCCCCAUCUCGCACAUCCGCUACUGGGUCUUUCAGAUCAUCUUGGUGUGCACGCCCAGCCUGUGCUUCAUCACGUAUUCCGUUCACCAGUCUGCCAAAGCACGUGACCGAAGCUACUCUCUCCUGCAUCCUUACAUGGAUCACCAUGGUCACGGUCACCACGGCCGCCAUCAUGACCAUCACGCUCGCAAGCUACACUCUCGCAACAUUAAUGGCAUCCUGGUGCACCCUGACAGCAGUAAGGAGGAUCAUGACUGCCUGGAGGUCAAAGAGAUCCCCAACGGACCCCGAGGCUUCCCUCAACACAAGAGUGCCAAAGUGCGACGACAGGAAGGCAUCUCCCGUUUCUACGUCAUCCAGGUGGUUUUCCGCAACGCGCUGGAGAUCGGCUUCUUGGCCGGCCAGUACUUCCUGUACGGCUUUAAUGUGCCAGGGAUGUUUGAGUGUGAUCGCUACCCAUGCGUAAAGGAGGUGGAGUGUUACGUGUCUCGUCCCACAGAAAAGACCGUGUUUCUGGUCUUUAUGUUUGCAGUAAGCGGCAUAUGUGUGCUGCUCAAUCUGGCUGAGCUAAACCACCUCGGCUGGAGGAAGAUAAAGACGGCCAUGCAAGGGGUGCAGGCCCGAAGGAAGUCCAUCUGUGAAGUGCGCAAGAAGGAUGUUUCCCACCUGUCCCAGGCCCCAAACCUGGGCAGGACCCAGUCUAGUGAGUCAGCCUACGUCUGACAGAGGUUUCUCUGCCUGGGGGCUCAAGGACCUCUUACAUUUUGGAGCUUUUCCCUGGCCCAAGACCCCGAUUAUUAGGGCACAAAACUCACAUAUGCAUUAUUAUUCAGGAGCACAGACGGACUCAAAGAGACUGUGUAGUCACGAGGAAGCAUCAGUUCACAAAGUCUUUGACACUUUGGGAGCGAAGACUCACCUUCUUAAAAAGACAACUGUUUUGCUUUAACAAAGCUUACACCUAAAGCUUAGACGAUGGAGAGUUUUGCUCUGCCUAGGUGACACUAGGUGCCUUCAAAGAACAGAUUUAACUGAGCAAUUACUAACAAUAUUAAAAUCUUGUAAAGAUAGUCUGAGGUUGAAUUAUCUGAAGUUCUUUAUUAUUCGCCUUUGCUGUAGGUCAGAAAUAAUCCCCUCAUUUUUCAAUUAUAUGUGCAUAUGCAAGAGCUUAAGCGUGUGCAUGCAUACGCAUGUGUGGGAAAAAAAGUUAAUGUCUGACACAAGUCAGAAAAUUGAAUGCUAAGCUAAUUUGAGCUACUUAGGGAAAGAUAAUGUUAUUUCGCAUUUUCCAUGAUAGUCGAGUAAAGUCACUCGGCGGACAAACAAGCACCUUUUUAAACACGUUCUGCAAAACGUACACAGAUCCAAACACAAAAAAACAACUGCAUUAAUAUCAGCAGACACUGGAACACAACAUUUCUUGUCAGUGUACCAGGCUUUUUUCUAAAAAAAACUGUCACUAUUCUUCAUAUUCUUUGUUUCAUUAGGUGCCAAUCAGAUGGCAGACUAACAUUGCCUGGGAGUUUUUGUCGAAAAUGAGACACAUGGUGCACUGCAGAUGAGUUAGAUUUACUUUCCAACACUGUGUCACGCACCACAAUGCUCCCAAUGCCUGCAAGGCAUGCUGUUUACUCUCAGAACCCACUGAAAACAGUCAGGGAAAGUGUGCCAGUGUUUCCACUUUGGCUCUUGAAGUGUGAUUGCUGUCUAAGGGGCUGAAUGGAGUUAUUUAAAGAUUUUUUUCAGUUAAACAGGAAAACGUAUUGUAGUCACAAAUAUUUUAACGUGUAACCUCAAGCUUUUUUUCACAAGCAGAUUUGGUGCCAUAUUUCGAAGUUACUGUACAUAGUUGAAUUGUAAUAAUUACACUUAGCCUUUUCCCUGUGCGGUGUAGAUGGGCUUCACUUGAAUGGGGAAACAGGGGUUCGGGUGGUAAUGAAGAUUAAUCAUAGAUUGCCAGCUUCAACAAUAUGUAUUAUUAAUGUGCCCUUUGUUAAGCCUUCGCCCUCUGAUGGAGAAUAUGUGUUCCGAAAAGUGUCCCCCCCCCCCCCUUCCCUCCCUCCCCUCCCUUAUGGACUUUGAAAAGGCAUGUUACUGAAGCAUUGAUAGAAUGGAUAGAUUAUGACAUGUAACUUAAAAAGAGACUGUUUUAUUUAUUUGCAUCCUGCUCCUGUGAAAUGUAAUACUCAGCAUGCAUGAAGAUGAAAAAUAUAAAGAGACAUUAACAUAGAAUCCCAUUGAGGGAAUAUUGAAAGUGAAUAACUGAAAGGCUCCAGAACUGCAGCAAUAAUAAUAUAAUAUAGUAUGUGAAAAAAUAUGUGAAUAAAUUAUUAUGCAAACAGAGA